AUGUCCGACUCAGAUUCCAAACCCUCAAUCCCGCUGUGGCAGCAACAGACCUCCGCCGCGCCGCCAGCCUCCGAUGAUAAGGACAAGGAUGUCGACAAGGACACCGCUCGGUCAACGCUCCUUGAGCAAGCGUCCAAGUUCUUACAGGACGAAUCAAUACGGGAUGCGUCCACGGAUCGCAAGAUUGCCUUCCUGGAAUCCAAGGGCCUUACUUCACCGGAAAUCGAUAGCCUUUUAGGUGUCUCGCGGAACUCCGAGGCAAGCGGCGAUGCUAGCACUACAACCGAGGAGGAUAAGAGCGCGACGGCUGCGAGCACAGAGAGUUCUGCCCAGACGACAUCACCGUCUAUAGGCCCAUCAGCUCCGUCGAGAACCACAACUCAGUCCAACACCUCCGCACCCCGCGACGUCCCCCCGAUUAUCACAUACCCCGAAUUCCUCCUCCACCAAUCCAAGCCCCCACCGCUGGUCACACUUCGCAGUGUCCUGUACACCCUCUACGGCGCCGCAGGCCUCGGUGCCACUUUUUACACAGCAAGCGAAUACAUUGUGAAGCCAAUGCUUGCGAACCUCACUGACGCCCGGCACGACCUCGCCUCAACAACCGAGGCAAACCUCAAGAAACUCAACGAGAAGCUCGAGCAGAAUGUCUCACAGAUCCCACCUAGUCUCCUCACGAAACCAAUUAUCUCCUCUGCCCAAAGUGUCGUCUCAGAUGAAGAUGGGUUAGACAUCGAAUCCAUAACCUCUGACCCAACGGAGCUUUUCCACCGCGACAUCGGCACACAAACAACCCAAGACCUCACCAACCCUCCUCCCGCAGUCACAUCCUCCGCUGCUACAGAGCCCGAAAAGCCAACCCCAACUUCAACCGCAUUGACACAUCAAAAACGCCUCGAACAAAUCGGCACGCAGCUGCGCGACUUCGCAGACACCCAGACAACAUCCAGCACCCUCCAAGACACAACCCGCAGCCGGAUCAGCGAUCUGCAGCGGUACCUCGACGGCCUGCUCUACAGCAAGAGCUCCUCGUAUCCUUACAGCGCGACAACAGGGUACGGCAUGUAUAGUACGCCCGGGCUGGAUUCUGGGAGCGGGGCGGCGACGGGGGUGGGCAAAGGUGAGGAGGAUGCGAUUUCGGGAUUCCGCGCGGAGAUUCGGGGCGUUAAGGGGGCGUUGCUUAGUGCCAGGAAUUUCCCGUCUGGACGGGGCGGGUUGAGGAGCUCUGUGCGGUAG